GGGGGAGAGAAAUUCGCGCAAACGUUUGUCGCCACGUGCGCAACACGAGAAAUUAUAAACGAGAGAGUUGUGAGGAUCAUUCAGUAUGAAUCGUGCCUUUUCACCAUCGCUGGUUAGACCAACACUGCCUUUGAGAAGACCUAUGUUAAAUCCAGGUUUGGUGACCCCAACCCCUGUUAUUACCAACCAGGGCACCUGCUUACCACAAGAGCAGUCUCCGAUACCUGGCAGCUUAGAUGCUCUCAAAGCUGAAAGUGGCAGAAGCGAGAAUGAGAGGAUGCCUUUGAGAGACAACAAUGCUAGAGCUGGACCCAUCUCUGCUCCAGUAAUAGUGAACCUGUGUAAUUACUGCAGUAGUGAAGGAAAUCUUCGGUGCACACGCUGCAAAAAGACUUGCUAUUGUUCUGUGACUUGCCAGACAGAGGACUGGAAGGCCCAUCGCCACAUUUGUAAGCCAAAUGCAUCAGAAAACAAUGGAAGUGAUAAACCAAAGGUGCCCUCGAUCCCUGGUUGUGUAGAUGGACCUAGUGUUUUAGAAUCUAAGCUAAACAAAAGUCCUGUUGAACCAAAGAGAGCUCACCAACAAGAUUUACGCAAGCAUAACUUCUUCAAAGGAGAUGAGUUGCAUGCAUCUGUGGUGGAAAUGAGGUCCCCUGGAAAGUUCUUCAUCCACAUGCAGUCACUGGAGGUGUCAGAGACGCUGAAGAACAUCACUCUAAGUCUGCAGAAGGCCUAUGGUGGUUCACUUGCAUCUGCAUACAAGCCUGAAAUUGGUGAACUUUGUGCUGUGAAAUUUUCACUGGAUCAGAAUUGGUAUCGAGGUGAAAUUGAAUCUGUUGAUUUGGAUCACCUCACUGCCAAAGUGCUUUACAUAGACUUUGGAAAUGAAGAGGAUGUGAAGUUGGACCAGAUAUGCCCCCUGUCAGCAAAUAUUGAUAAGGCACCACCAUGUGCUCUACAGUGUUGUAUUGCAGGAGUUUCUCCAGUCACAAGCAGUUGGACAGGCGAAUGUUGUAUAGCACUAAGACAGCUUGUUGCUGGAAAGAGCCUGACUUUCACUGUAGUGGAUUUCCUGUGCUGUAACGCAGUGCUUGCUGUAGAUGCCCCUUUGUCCACACAUGGCAAGAAUCUUAGUACGUUCCUAGUUGACGAGGGUUAUGCAAUAAAAGAGAACUCUUCCACAAAGACGCAGCUCAAUCAAGAUAUUGGUUUUUUGAUGACUGCCUCAUUGGAAAACUUCAAGCGUUUGAGUAUUGGGAAAAACGAGAAUGCUGAGGCUCAGCCACCAGAGCCUUUGAGUCAAGGAGUGGGCGACACCUUUACAGCUAUAGUCACCCAUCUUCUGUCGCCUUCGGAGAUUAUUUGCCAAAAGCUAGAAAAUGCCAGUAGUAUUCAACAGUUACAAAUGAAUUUGAGAGAGCAUUGUAACAAGACUCAGGCCAGUGAGAACUUCCGACCUGCUCCUGGAACUGUUUGCUGUUCUCGCUUCUCAGAAGACAAUCAGUGGUAUAGGGCUAAAGUGCUGGCCUAUUCCCCUGAGGAUCGCGUGUUUGUUGGCUACAUAGACUUUGGGAACUCUGAGGAGGUGUCGUUAAAUCAGUUGCGUCCCAUUAGUAUGGCUCUGUUAUCCUUGGCUGCCCAGGCAAUCCCAUGUGCCCUGGCAGGUAUUAAGCCCACUUCAGAUGCAUGGUCAGAGGAGUCAGUGAUGACCUUGAAAAAACUAGUCUGUAACCGCUUCAUCCGUAUUGAGAUUGUUGGAGAGCGACAUGGAACAGCUUUGGUCUCAAUGGUUGAUGAGUCUAGCGAUCCUCAGACAGAUGUAGCUGAGCUUCUGGUUGCUACAGGCCAUGCUGCUGCAGGAAAUAUGGAAACGUUUAAAGAGGAAACAGUUAAAAGCCUGGAUAAGAACGUAUGUAAAAGUUCUCAACUUAUUCAAGAUGGGCCUGUAGGCAAGUUGGUGUGGUCUUCUGCAGAACUUCCUACUGAUGGCCAGAAGGUGGUGCUAGUGGUCAGUGUACUGAAAAAUCCCGGACAAUUUUACUGCUAUAAUUACAAUGUAGAAGGCAUGCAGACCCUGGUGGAGUUGUCAGCUUCACUGACAAAGCACUGUGAGGCUGAUGGGACUGCUUUUAAUCCUGUUGUUGGAGAACCUUGUUGUGCUCGCUUCAAAGAUGGGAGCUGGUACAGGGCCAUUGUUCAGAGUCUUGAUGAAAAUGGAAAUGCAAAAGUGCAUUUUGUAGAUUAUGGAAACACCUUUGAAAUACAGACAGCCCAUCUAAGAGCUAUCAAACCUGGCCUCCUCAAACUUCCUUUCCAGGCCAUAUGUUGUUGGCUUGCAGGAUGUGAGCCCUUAGGGACGGAGUGGAGUACGGGUGCAGUGCAGAAGUUUCAGACUCUGUGUUUGGGGAAGCAGCUCACUGGGAGAGUGCUGUCGGUCUCGGAGAAGGGUUACGGAGUAGAGUUGGAGUCUAAUGGCUACGAUAUUACUGCUGUACUUAUUGCCGAACAGUUUGCCAAACCUGCAGGACAGGAGAACAAGCCAUCACAGGCAGCUACAUUCAGCGAAUCGACAGAAGCAGCACCAGUGCCUGCUGAGACUUACUUGCACACCAAACAGCCAAAUAAACCCCCUGGACAAACACCUGCCACCUCACCCUCUAGAACACCAAAUGAAACUGCUUCUUUUUCUCUGGACUGGAAGACAGUGGAAUUGCCUCGCGGCAAGACUUUUCAGCCUCAGGUGGCAGCAGUGACCAGCCCAAGUCUCUUCUAUGUGAUGAAUCCGACAGAGGUGAACGUGGAGAAGUUGCAGAGCGUAAUGAUGGAGGUGAUGAGGUAUUGCAGCAAGCAGACCCAGCACAACCAGACCAUGCCUUUACCUGGAUCAGCCUGCUGUGCUCAGUUCUCAGGUGACAAAAAUUGGUACAGAGCUGUCGUAUUGGAAGUUACUAGCACAUAUGCAAGUGUAAUUUAUGCAGACUAUGGAAACAUGGAGCUGGUUCCUGUUUCCAGCCUUCUACCUAUCCCAAAAGCACUUUUGCAGCAUCCAUUUCAAAUAGCUAGAUGUGCUCUUUCAGGGAAAGAACACUUCCCGACUGUUUGGCCUCCUGAGCUCUUGGAGCUUUUUGGUGGACAGAUGAAUGGAAAAGUACUGGCCUCAGUAGAGCAUUUUGACGGCACCUUUAACCUGCUAAAUAUUACUGAGGGCUCAGCUGAAGGAGGCAGUUACAUCAAUGCCAGUGUUUUAAGAGCACUGAAGAAUACCCCUAGCAAGUCUAGCACAAAAUUCCCAACCCAAGAGAUAAGGGCCCAGGGACCUGGGCAGAAACAGGCUGAUGGCACAUCCUCUGACUCUGAUCAUAGUUUAUCUGCAGAUGUUGGGAAGCCCAAACCUCAAAGUCAUGGAAAAGAGAACGUGAAGAUGGUAGUUUCCAGCAUGGAAGAGGAGCACCCACAGCCCUCAAAUUCAAUGGUUACCAGUAACGCUUCUGCUUCAUGCUGUUGUGUGUCCCUUGAACAGAAGAUUGCUCAUAUUGAAGAAUUGCUCCUUCUGCUGGUGAAGCAAAAAGAUGUUAAACAAAAGUAAUUUGUGGCGAUUGUUUGUGUGUUCCCAAACUGUUCAAGCCAUUUGUUUAAAGCUAAAGUUGUCAAUUUUAUGAUUCAUUAUACUGUCUUGUUUACAGUAGAGUAUUUCUGAUUAUGUAUUACUUUACUACAAAUGUAAAGUGAGCAGAAAGAUGCCUUAUUUUUGGAACCUUAUUUUGUUACUAAGAGCAGUUAGUAUUGUUAGAGUAGUGCAGAUUCAGUGACCUUCUGUGGUCUCAUUUCUCUUUUUUU